AUGAGCGUGUAUCUGAGUGGAGCAUCGCCAAUAAAGAACCCAACUCGGACAUUUAAGCCACGUAGAGCUGUAGAAGGAAGUAAGCAAUUUCAGCUCAAGAAAUACGCCGAAGCUACACUAGGAUCCGGAAACUUAGCAGAGGCCGUAAAACUACCACAGGGAGAAGACCAAGAUGAAUGGGUUGCUAUACACUGUGUGGACUUCUUUAAUCAUCUUAACAUGCUUUACGGAUGUGUCAAUGACUUCUGCAAUAACAAGAAUUGCCCAAUCAUGUCAGCUGGUCCAAGGUACGAAUAUCAAUGGGCUCAACCUAGCUACGGACUUGGAGCUAAACCAGGUGCACCAAAGCGUUUAAUGAGAUUGUCGGCUCCAGAGUAUACAGAUAAUUUGAUGAAUUGGAUACAAAGUAUCCUCGAUAAUGAAGCAUACUUUCCGUCGAAAUUAGGACAAGCCUUCCCUAGAAACUUCUCAAGCAUUUCUAAGGAUAUUUUCCGUCGCUUGUUUAGAGUCUAUGCUCAUAUUUAUAACUCGCAUUUCGAAGUUAUGGUUGCAUUGGGAAUUGAAGCUCAUUUGAAUACCAACUAUAGACACUUUUUGCUAUUCAUUCAUGAAUUUAAACUCGUUGACGCGAAAGAGUUGGCUCCACUUUCAGAUUUCAAUCAAUCCAUUCUCUCUGACUAAUUUCGAUUGACAAAAUGUCGAUUAUGUGACACAUUCACCUCAAUAUAAUAGUAAGACAGGCAUUUAAAACCUAUUCGCAAUGUAAUUUAUUUAGCAUUACCAUGGAUACU